ACGGAGAUGUGUUUUGUAUUUUUGUGUACACGCUGUCGACGCUGUUACGUCAGUGGGUCCGACGUAUAUAGCAGAAGCAGCAGCAGCAGUGAUAGCAUUUUUCACAGCUCAGCACCAGACCAGUAUGAGCAGCACAGAGGGAAGUAAACUUUGGGGAGGUCGUUUUGUAGGAGACACCGAUCCAAUCAUGGAGAAGUUUAAUGCUUCAAUCACCUACGACCAGAGGAUGUGGGAUGCGGACAUCAGAGGGAGUAAGGCUUACGUCAAGGCUCUGGAGAAGGCCAAGCUGGUCACCACAGAUGAGAUGAAGCAGAUCUCACAGGCCAUGGAUCAGAUUCAUGAAGAGUGGUCGAAAGGUGUCUUUGUCAUAAAAGCUGGAGAUGAAGACAUCCAUACCGCCAACGAACGCAGGUUAAAGGAGCUGAUUGGUGCACCAGCAGGAAAGCUGCACACUGGCAGGAGAAGGAAUGACCAGGUCGUGACCGACAUGAGGCUGUGGCUCAGAGAUGCCAUCGACAAACUGUCAGAAAAUGCCCUACAGCUCAUCUCCACCAUGGUGGAGCGGGCAGCAGUAGAAGUCGACGUCCUGUUUCCUGGUUACACCCACAUGCAAAGAGCUCAGCCAAUCAGAUGGAGCCACUGGAUUUUAAGUCACGCUGUUGCUCUGAGCAGAGAUGUGGAGCGACUUCAGGAGGUCAGGAAAAGAGUCAAUGUUUUACCACUGGGCAGUGGUGCUAUUGCUGGAACACCACUGGACAUCGACAGAGAGCUGCUGCGGUCAGAGUUGGACUUUGAUGGAAUCAGUCUGAACAGCAUGGAUGCUACGGCACAAAGAGACUUUGUUGCCGAGUUCUUGUUCUGGUCCUCCCUGUGUUUGACCCACCUCAGUAAAAUGGCCGAGGACCUGCUGCUCUACAGCACCAAGGAGUUCUCCUUCAUCACACUGUCUGACGCCUACAGCACAGGCAGCAGUCUGAUGCCCCAGAAGAAGAACGCUGACAGUCUGGAGCUGAUCAGGAGCAAAGCAGGUCGUGUCUUUGGCAGUUGUGCAGGGUUCAUGAUGACGAUGAAGGGACUUCCCAGCAGCUACAACAAGGACCUGCAGGAAGACAAAGAAGCCAUGUUUGACUGCUACGACACCGUCAAUGCCGUGCUGCAGGUGACGUCAGGAGUCGUGUCAACUCUGCAGGUUAAUCAGAGUGUGAUGGAAGCGGCCCUCAGUCCAGACAUGUUGGCCACAGAUCUGGCCUACUAUCUCGUCAGGAAGGGGGUGCCGUUCAGAGAAGCUCACGGCGUCUCAGGAAAGGCCGUGUUUAUGGCCGAAACCAAAAAUGUGCCUCUGAAUCAACUGACUGUAGAUGACCUCAGUGCUCUCAGCCCUCUGUUUGGUCAAGACGUGUCCUCUGUGUGGGACUACAGGAGCAGUGUCGAGCAGUACAGCGCCCCCGGAGGCACAGCCAAGAGUAGCGUCACUGCUCAGGUGGAGCACCUGAGACACUGGCUGAAGAAACAGAGUCGAGGUUUCAAUAAAGCCUGUAAAUAAAACUAAAUAAACCUCAGGUGUUUGGAUGGA